UUGCAGAUUUAUCAAUAUCAGUAAAAGCAAAUCAAUACCAUUACAUAAUAAUCAAUACCAAUGCAAAAAAAUAGAAAAUAAUACCAAUGUGAAAAACACUACCACUACAGAAAAAGAAAACUACCAUUUCACUAAAAAGCAAUACACUUACAUGAUAAACUACUACCACCAUUCCCAUUCGUGCUUUGGCCUCUCUUUUCCCCCUGUUGCUUUUAACUCCAUUUGUGAAUUUCUACCCUUUCCCAGCCGAGAGAGAGAGAGACUUGGUCGGCGCUGGCUUCUUCCAAAUCCAAUUUCGUCAUUCCUUUUCCACCAUGGAGUUGGAUUUAGCGGAGGACGCAAACGCAGAGGCGACCGGGAUGGCGACAGAACAUGGCAGGGGAGGAAGGGAGGUUGGAGGCGAGAGAGAUGGAGAUUUGGCAGCCGAUGGAUGUGGAGAUGGGGAAGAAACUGUCGACGAAGAAGGAUUGUAUUAGGGUUUGGGUAGAUUAUAUAUAAAUUCAUUUUAUUAAGGAUGGUAAUCAGGUGUGAUGUAAUUUUUCGUUUUCAAAAGUAUCCUUAAUUUAAUAUUGAUCGUCAAUUUAAAAAUGAAAUGAAACAGAGCAAAUGAAUGGUAUAGAUUUUGGUAGCCACGAUGACUACUAAAAAAGUAGUAAUCACCCUUAACCCAUUCAACCCUUAGCCCAAGUAUUAUUUUUGGUUAUUUACUAAAAUCCCCUUUUGGGGGAGAAGGGUGGAUUGUUAGUGAGGACGAUUUGGAAGAUAUAAUUGGAGGCCAUUUAUGGUUAGGUUCCAUUUGUAUAUUUGGUGGAAUCUGGCAUAUCUUAACCAAACCCUUUGCAUGGGCUCGCCUUGCACUUGUUUGGUCGGGAGAAGCUUACUUGUCUUCUAGUUUAGGUGCUUUAGCUGUUUUUGGUUUCAUUGCUUGUUGCUUUGUCUGGUUCAAUAAUACGGCUUAUCUGAGUGAGUUUUACGGACCCACUGGAUCAGAAGUUUCUCAAGCUCAAGCUUUUACUUUUCUAGUUAGAGACCAACGUCUUGGGGCUAAUGUGGGAUCAGCUCAAGGACCUACAGGUUUGGGUAAAUAUCUAAUGCGUUCACCUACCGGAGAAGUUAUUUUUGGGGGUGAAACUAUGCUUUUUUGGGAUCUGCGUGCUCCCUGGUUAGAACCUUUAAGGGGUCCAAAUGGUUUGGACUUGAGUAGGUUGAAAAAAGAUAUACAAUCUUGGCAAGAACGGCGUUCUACAAAAAUUCAAACCCAUAUUAUUUCGGGAGAAAUGUUAGUAAAUGGUAUGAGAUUCAUAAUUGAACAUUUUCCAAAAUUCGAGUUAUUAUGACCAACUUGGUAUUGACAUCAUGUACGCUUAUUUUUGUUCUCGUUAUUAAUAAAUCAUCAUUUAUUAAAUAAAAAAGUUAAUAUUACUGAUAUAACUUUAAGAUCAAUAUAUAUGUGGUAGACAAAUUCCUGAAUCCUCCUAAUCAUAUAUGGAGGUUCCCCGCCUGUAGCCAUUCCGUUCCUUUUUUCCUUUGUUCUGCGCAUAGUACGGGAGGACUCAUCGGUUCUUUUACUUAGUUUUCUUUAAAUCCAUGAGAUGGGCUUAUUUUUAUUCAUGAGUCAUCCAUUACUACCAUUAUACAUUCAGUUUCGAGUUGACGACAAAACAGUUGAGGCAGACUUAAUUACUUAUUUGUUACAGAUUGUGUGAGAGCUUGAUUUUUUGAAUGUUGGCUGAGAAUUUAUUCCAAUCUCAUGCAUGAUAUUGGAAUUUUAUUUUCACUAAAUUUGCCAAAGAAAAUUCGAAGAAGACUUUAAUGAGUAAUUUUAUAAGAAUUAUAUAACAUCAAAGAAAGUAGUAGUUGGAUAAUAAUCUAUCUCUAAUAUUCUAAUAUUUUUAAGUUCAAGUUCAUUCAUUCGAGAGAAAAAUUUGAACCCACUAAAACAUAAAGUUUUCUAUCAAAUAGUGUAUCUCAAUUGUUAUUAUUUUAUAGAUUAGCAUCCAGUUUCGGCAGACAAUAUUUUUAAUCUAACUUUAUUGUUUUGUCGCGAGGGUGCUAGAUCUUUUGAAAUGCCUACUGAGAAACUACUGAAAGAUAGCGCCAAAAACCUUCACCUCCCCAUCCCCUACAGAUUAAGAGAAUGAAGUUAAAUUUUCAUAUCAAAUUCACUGAUCACAACAUUGUGAACAUAAGUGGGUACAUAGUUUUGAUGAUAAUGAAAGAUGAAGAAGAGCAUCCUCGGACAAAGUUCAUGACAUAUACUGAGUAAAUUUAAGUUCCUGAAAAUGUAGUUUCACAAUUAUAAAUAUUUUGGGCAUUAAAUUUUUGCUUUCAGUGAAAUGCAGAAGGAGAAGGAAGAGUAUGCUAAUGGUAUAUGUAGUGGAAUUCAGUGAUGGAGAUAAUUAUGUUACUAAGAUAGACGAAGAUAUUGUUGAUGGUGGAUAUAAAAAUUUCAAUGAUGGGAAGAAAGAACAAAUUGUUGAUAAUAUUUAUUAUUUGGAUGAGAAACAUUUUCUAAUGUUUACCACUAAAAUUUGGUUUCCAAUGGAAUGUAGGAGAAAAAGGAAGAGAUUGUUGAUGGUGAAUAUCAGGUUUCAUUAAUGAAGAUGAUUUUCAAUGAUACCAAAUUAAAGUGUAACUUGAUUCAGACAAUUACUAUUAUUAUUUGUACCACUAAUAUAGUUCAUCCGGCCAGCGGACGGGUCCAAAUCUAGUAAUUUUAAGGUAUAAAGCUUGGAGUUAACUCUUCAACCAAACUAAACAAAACGAAUGGCAUCUAUCCCCGCCGCGCACUGCAGGCAGAAGCUUACAACUUACAGUGCAUCAACCAUGAAAAACCAAAACCAUCCAAGAAAUGAAGUUAUCUCUGCAACGACGGUAAAAAAAAAAAAAAAAAAAAACCCCAUGACAUAAGAGCUAGCCACGGUUUUAGUAUCAUUUAGCGACGACAAUAACCAUCGUUAAUAGCUUUUACCACGGUCAGCGGACGCCGUUGGCGGUUGGACUGACCGUCAGGACAUUUUCGCCACAAUCUUUGGAUCGUCGUUAUUCUAAGUAGAGCCGUCGUUAAAUUGGAUAUUCAAAAUUGUAUUCCGAUAUUAGCAGCAACGGUGGGGGGAAAAUCCAGCCUCGUCUGGCAUUCAUUAGUUUUUUUUUUUUUUUUUUUUUGUGUGUGGAAAAUAGAAAUUCAACAAAAUUGAUAAUAUUUUUAAAUAACUCAGAACUGCAUUAGACAAAUGGCCACAAGAACAUUCAACAAUAGAGCGAUGAAAUCCUCGAUCUGAUCUCUUCUUCUUCUUCUUCAAGUGGAAAUUAAAUCGUUAAAUCAGGUAAUAGCAUAUGCACGCAUUCUGCUCACAGUCGCAACCCACAUAAUCAAACGACUUGCCGCACAUGUCAGGGUAACUUUUGAAGCAGUUUUGGUCGUUGCAGAUGUCAUUACAGUAAUACUGUGCUGAAGCAUUUCUGAGUCGGUACAGAUUUUGGUUCCUGCGCCUCAAUUGUACGUGUACAACAAUAUCAUAAUUAUUUCAUUUACCUAGCUAGGAUCUAAUUAAGCUGCCAUAUGAAAAUCUACUGUGCUGGAUCAACACAACCCUAACUAAUAAUAAUUAAGAUGGCAUGUAGCUGCUGGGUAUCAUUAGGAUGACAAUUACCCACCCAUGAGGAAUUAUACCCAAACCCAAGUAGACUGUAGACCCAUUGAUAAUGGGUUGGGUAUGGGUGAAGUGUAUAUGAGUUUGGGAGUUUGUAGAUGGGUUUGGGUAAAUUAUAAAUAUUACUUCCAUAAUCUAAAUGAGUAUGGGUUGGAUAUGGAUAUCCAUUUACUUGAGGGUGUUUUAACUACACAUGCAAAUAUUGGACCUAUUUGUAAAACUUGAAAAUUUUAGGUACCAAAACGUAAGACACAAAAAAAUAGGUACCAAAACGUAAUUUUCCAUUGAUAUUUUGAGGACUUAUAUGCAAAAAAAAUUAAAUUUAGGUACUAAAUUUGCAUAUCUAUUAAGUUUAGGUACUAAACUGUAAUUUGUAUUUGGGCAUGGGUACUAGGCUGGCAAUUUGGUCCAGGACUGUUUUGUUUUACCCGAAACCGGACCGGGAACGGAUAGCAAACAAUCCAAUCUCAUAUUCGGGCUUAGAUUUGAGGUAAAAAACCUGGAUAGAGACCGGAUAAGAGACCCCAACACUCAAAUCCCCACAAGCUCAAUCUAAAAUCAAAAUCAAAUUGGGACCGGACCGGAUCAAGACCGGAGUGUAUCCAAUCCAAUCUUUGGUCCUUAUAUUCCCGAAAAAACCGGACUGGGAUCGGAUCAAUUUGGUCCAAUUUAACCGGACCGGACCGUAUAGCCACCCCUAAUGGGUACAAACCCAAAUCCAUUUGUUAUAAGCCCACCCAACCCAAAGUAAAUGGGUAUGGGUACAAACCCAUCAAAGUCUACCCAUAUCCAUCUAUUUGGAUUUCAUACCCAACGCAAUUGGGUUGGAUAGUAAAAAACCCAUGGGUAUGGGCAAAAUUGUCAUCCCUAGGUAUCAUGGAGCUUCAACGAGAUGUAAUGUUGUCAAGAACCGGUUGCUCCCAAUAACUCGAGUUGUUGGAAGGAGUUCAAUCGCGUGGAUCAUAUAUAUAUAUACCAAUUACCACAACACUUACAAAUGUAAUAUACCUGACAUCGAUCCGAUGAUCCUCCGUAGUGCCAGAAUCGUUGGGACGAAUAUCGCUGUCAUUCCCCCAUCGAGGAGCAAUCGUUCUCGUCGAUUCGCUCCAAGGCAGAAGGCCUGCAUGCAUGCGCUUAGGCAGAUCAUGAAUACUACUCUAGAUAAUGGUGUGAAAAUCAUCAUGAGAAGAUCGAUGGUUUGGGAUAUACAGUACGUACAUGGAACUAGGAUGAGCCAUGAAGAUAUGAGGGGAAGCAAGACGGCCAACUUAGUAAAACUAAUCAGCUUCAUCGCCAAGGCUAUAUUUGUGUUCUUGAAAGUUAUGUACAUGAUUAUAUAUAUACAUGAUUUAGGGUAACAGCUCAAGACUUGGUUUGUCUUCGCUUAUGUGAUUCCUUGAUUCGAAUUCUUGGUUCGUUUUGUCUCGUUGGGUUUUUGCCGUCAUUGAACCAUUGGCAUUAGGUGGGUUGUUUCAUUGGGUUUUUGCCGUCAUUGAAGAAAGACACAUUUGUGUUUGCAGCCGUCUGACAUUGGCUGUUACGUACGCUAACCUCCGUGCCCUAAUUAGACUGAACCAUAAGAUUCAUCUAAUUGAUAAAAAAAAACAAUGGACGUUUGCGUACGUACGUAGGCCAGUGUCGUCGUGACGAUCUCCUUUACCCCCGGCCGAUUACCGACGGUUGACGCCAUAAUCGCCGGCGAAGUUUCCAUGGUUUUCUGUAAUUUGGGUUGGGGUUUUCCCCCUUCUUUCUGUGACUGAUAGAUCUCCUAGUUUUACGGUGUAAACUCUUUGUAUGUGCUGUUUGUGCUGCUCAUGUUUGUAAACUCUUUUUUGGUAAUAAUACUUACAUUAUAUCACCAUUAUUAUAGAUUAAAAAAAAAACAGUAGCUACUCGCCUACGCGGCAAGUAGGGGUGGGCAUGUGAGCGGUUAAUUCACGGUUUGACAUCGAUCUACUCACAAAUAAUAAUCCAAAUCGCAGUGGGUAUGGUGAGUGAUGUGAUUGGAUCAUGAUCGAAUAUUUUUUUACCUUCAUUUAUUCGAGUGAGUGGUGGGUGGGUUACAGAUCACCAAAAUGACAUGCACCCCACUUUCACAUGAGAAAGAGUUACGUUGUUUCUUGUUUAUAUUAUCAAAUAGUCAUCAUAUUUCAUAGCCUUACCACACAUUGUCUAUCGACUUGUAAAGGGAGAAAAUAAAUAAUAUAUUUGAACUGCUACUACUAGGUUAUACUAUUCUGUGUAAUGUCCAUUUGAUAUUGGGAUGCAAAUUAUAAAGUGUUGAUUUUAUCAAAGUCAUAAAUAACGUCAAAUAUUUUCCUAUGCAGUUGUUCGAUGUAGUUAUGGAAGAUUUGAUACCUCAGCGAAAUAAUUGAAAUUCACACAAGUAAUAAUCCUCGAUCUCGAGGAAUAUGUGGUUGGUAACUUUGUCUUCUUUGUCAAUGAUUACUUCAUUCAAAGUACCAACUGAAAAGUUGGUGUGAGGUAGUAAAAUAUAUUACAUGUCACAAGUACUAAACAGAUCCAUAAGAGACAAAGUGAAAACGUCUAAAUUUCUAGUGUCUUCUUAAUAUGCGAUGAAUAUAUGUUAUAAAUAUUAGUAAACUUGCCUAAUGAGUAGUUGUAAAAUUGCUUUGCGGGUUAAUCCGCAACCCAACUGCAUCCACGUAUGACGUACACAUCACGCAGCCAAACUCAAAUAAGAAUGUGGGUGGAUAGUAGGCAAUAAUUUUAUCAACUCGUUAAUAAGCGGGGUGAUUCAAUUUGAGACUGAAAUCUCUUUGGCCUAUCUUGCACGAUUUUCCUUUUUGAGUGCAUCAUGGUAACUUUCUAGGAGCCCACUUAUCUCUACACCAGUCCUUCUUCUUCUUCUCGAUACUAUGUCCCCUACGGUUGUUUCAAAUUGGUUCGUUCGGUCCAAUCCCGAACGGGUUUAAAAGAACAUACCAAACCUAAUGCAUUGGCCCCUAAGAAACCAGCAGAAUCCAACAUAUUAUUAUGACCAACCAAGAAUGAAUAGAAAAUAGACAA